AUGCUUCUUCCCCUUGUUAGUGCACUGUUCCUCCUGGUGCUGGCCAUCAGAAAAAUCUCCUUGCGGUUACACUACCGCGCUCAGUCGCGCCGCCAUGGCUGCCUUCCACCCCCGCAGGAGCGCCAUCUGGACCCUGUUCUCGGCUUCGACGCUCUACGCAAGUCGGUCACGGCCGUGCGCGAGCACCGCCUUCUGACCUAUAUGCAGUCCCGGUUCCGUGAGACGGGAUACACAUUCGAAUCUCGCACCCUGCGAAAUGAGGUGCUGCAUACGGCCGACCCCAAGAAUCUGCAGGCCAUCCUGGCCACCAACGCCAAAGACUUUUCCAUCGGCAAGCGUAGAAUGACGGCCUUCCGACCGUUGCUCGGCCACGGCAUCUUUGCAGCUGAUGGAAAGCAGUGGGAAAAGUCGCGUGGCCUACUCCGACCAAGCUUCACCCGCGAUAACAUUGCUGAUCUGGACAUCUUUGAGCGGCAUGUCUGUCAGUUGCUCACCUGGAUCCCCGCAAGUGGUAAAACGGUGAACCUGCAGGACUUGUUCUUCCGCAUGACUAUUGACUCUGCCACGGACUUCCUCUUUGGCCAGACAGUCGGUACUCUCCAGGCUGAACGGUCCCCGGUUGCAACACAGUUCUCGCACGACUACCACAAGGCUCAGGACGGCGUUAUUACUCGCGCACGAUUGGGGUCGCUUAUUCACCUGCAGCCCAAUUUCAAACACGAGUUUAAGCGAGCUGUCGCUGGUUCCAGGGCCUAUGUACACCGAAUCGUGCAGGAAGCCGUCCGGGCACGUAGCACGCCCGGUGAAAAGAAGGUCCAACCCCCGGACUGCUUUCUAACUCAACUGGUCGAGCUCACCAGCAACGAGACUGAGAUCACUGACCAGCUACUCAAUGUCCUCCUCGCCGGUCGGGACACCACCGCCGGUUUGCUGUCUAUCCAGUUCCACAUCCUCGCCCGCCGACCGGACGUCUGGGCCAAGGUGAGGGAGGACGUAUCCAGCUUGGAGGGCAGACAGCCAUCGUUCCGCGAACUGCGUGAUUUGAAAUAUGUGUCUUGGGUGAUCAAUGAGACCCUCCGCCUCUACCCGAUCAUCCCCCGUAACCUCCGCAAGGCCGUCAACGACACCGUGCUUCCAACUGGUGGUGGCCCGGAUGGUCAGUCCCCCAUCUUCGUGUCCAAGGGCAUGAAUGUCACAUUUGACGUAUACACACUUCAUCGACGGCCGGAUCUCUACGGCCCCGAUGCCGAGGAAUUCAAGCCGGAGCGGUGGGAGACUCUGCGUCCUGGGUGGAUGUAUUUGCCAUUUGGGGGCGGGCCUCGUAAAUGCAUUGGACAGCAAUUCGCCUUGACACAGGUGGCAUACACAACCGUUCGGUUGGCGCAGCGAUUUGAGCGACUCGAGUCGAGAGAUGCCAGACCAUAUGAAGAGGAGUUGACUAUCACGCUUGCGAGUCGGUACGGGGCGCAGGUGGGGUGUUUUGCUGCGUAG